ACGCGCAUGCGCACUGUGAGACCAGCGCGGUGAAAAUGCCUCUGGCCAAAGACCUCCUCCACCCUACGAUCGACCAGGAGAGACGACAACACAAGAAGAAGAGACUGGUUCAGAGUCCUAAUUCCUAUUUUAUGGAUGUGAAGUGCCCAGGCUGCUACAAGAUCACCACUGUGUUCAGUCAUGCACAGACAGUGGUGCUGUGUGUGGGAUGCUCCACAGUGCUGUGUCAGCCCAAAGGAGGAAAGGCUCGCCUGACAGAGGGUUGCUCUUUCAGGAGGAAGCAGCAUUAAACAUUUCUUCAACACACUUUCAUACAUUUCACAAUUUUCUGUUGAUUCCAGUGUCUUGUUUUUGCCAAUAACAAGCUGUUGUACAAAUGAGUUCAAGUUUUAUAAUGGAAGGUCUUAAAGGUGAAAUGGUAAGAAAUCGUAAGAAAUCAAUAAACACUUUUAAAUGAAGUAUC